AUGACGUUUAUUUGUAUAUUUACGUGAAGUACAUCUAGCAGAAAACACACGAUGUAGAUAUACUGUACGUGCUUGCUUUGCGUCAACACUUUGUUAUAAUGAGAUGAUUUCCGGAGAAAACCUGUAGAAAUCGCUCGAAGCUGCAAAAACGGCGCAAACAACAACACACUGGAUCUGAAAUAUAACAUAAAGUAAGAAACGAUGGCUGUUCUGGAUUUCGUCGAGGAGCUCUUGUCGUACCACAUGGAUUCAGUGGGAGUGAAUGUGAUAGAAAUGGCUGCCCUUGGGAGACCCUUCCAGCUCGGCAUGCUGUAUGACUGCAGAACAGAAAAGACCAUAGCAGGAAUCAAACCGUGGAAGAAAGAAGAGCUAGCCAAGAAUACUUGCUCCUGUCAUCGGAUAAAUACACAUUUCAAAGUCAAAGCUUCAGACACCAUUACAGACAAAUCUAACUUACUAAAUAUUAACGGUGGACUUAACCUGAGUGUCUUAGGUGGACUCGUCGAGGUUAACGGAGCAGCAAAGUAUUUCAAAGACACCAAGACAUCUUUCAAACAGCAGAGACUGGUGCUACAUUAUCAUUCAACCAGCGAGUUUGAAGAACUGGCCGUCAAUCAGUUACCGACUAAGGAUAUUCCUGAUGAUGUCGCCACACACGUAGUGACAGGAAUAUUGUAUGGAGCUGAUGCUUGCUUUGUGUUUGACAGAAAAGUUUCUUCAGAUGAGGACAAAAGACCACUGAAAGUGGCUCUAGAGAAACUGAAUACCAUUUCAUUACAGGGGAAAGCUGACCUGAAUAUGAAUGACAAGGAGAAAACUGAAGUCAAAGACUUUACUUGUACUUUUUACGGUGACUUCCAGCUGCCGUCUAACCCAACCACUUUUGAAGAUGCGAUGAAGACUUUUGCUGAUCUUCCGAAACUGCUGAAUGAAAACCAAAAGCCGGGUCCACUGAGAGUUUGGCUGUACCCUCUGAACAAACUUUACCCGAAAGCUUCAAAACUUCAGAAAGACAUCAGCAUGGAUGUAAUCCAAGGAACUGAAUCAGUGGUGGAGAGUUUAUAUACAGCUGAGAUGAGAUGCAGUGAUCUUCUGGAAGACUCUCCUGCUGUGGCUUUUACUGCGUUUUAUGAUAAAAUUCUACAAAUGAAGCGAAACUGCUACAUGUACAAGCUGAGACUCAUGGAGAAUCUCGGGAUUCUGCUGCCAAACAUUCGUAAGGGGAAGAAAAAGGAAACUGAGCUAAAUAAUCUUCUGCAGGAACAUAAUGACUCUCCAUUCUGUGAAAGUGACCUCACAGAAUGGCUGAAAGAAAGAGAAAAAGAGUCUAAGAUCAUUAAAACGCUCCUCAGACGGCUGAACGAAUAUGGUGCUCAGGUGGAACUCAACAUAGAUGUCAUCUUGAUGGAUCUAGAAGAUGGAAAUCUGGUCAGUUACACAUUCACGUCGCUGGACUGCUCAGAUGUGCUUCUUUUGCAACAAACUGCCUUUUUGAGUUCUUCAAAGCAAAGAGAAACUGAUAAGAUAAGCUCUAAUGUCAAGCAGAAGUCUUGGCUCACUGCUGAUAUCCAAAAGACCAUGAGGAGAAACUUGGAGAUAUUUAAAAGCCUGAAGAACUCAAAAGAUUGUAAACCAGUCAAGUUUAUUGUGUCCUCAAAAGAAAUGAAGAGCAAUCCUGGUUCCUGUGUUCUGGUGUACGAAGAUGGAAGUGGAGACGCUGUUUGCUUUAGUCCUCCAUCCACACCAGUCUGUCCAAUCGCUGAAGAGGUCAAAGGUCAGAGUGUGGUUCUGAAGGUGGUUCCUCCAUCAUGUCCUGAUACAGUGGAGCUCAGAUUACUGUAUAAAGUAAAGCAGGACACAGUCUGGAGAUUUGAAGCUGUGCUGAAGAACCAAGACACAGUUACUCUGUCUGAUCUGGGAGAAGAAAUGGAGUAUGAGAUCAAAUGUGCAGCGGUGGGGAAACUCAACUACACCACCUACAGUGAUGUUAUUCGCUUAAGGAUAAUUGAGAAGAAGCUCAUCACGGAAUUAGACAGAGUUAUUGCUAAUCUGAGCUUCACUGAAAACAAGUGCAGUGAACUAUUGAAAGACACCAGGACAAACACAUUUAGCACAUUUCACAAGAAGAUCGAAGAUAUGAAACGAUUCUGCCAAAUCUACAGGCAAGAGUUUGGCGAUAAGAGUCGGUCACUGAUCCAGUCAGUUCAAGCCUGUGAAGAAGAGACUUGUGCCUUGACCAAUCUUCUACAAACUCAUGAAGAGUCUCCAUUUAACACACAGGAUCUAAAGGAGUGGAUCAGGGAGAAAGAAAAUGAAUUAAGCACAGUUGAUGAGUUUCUUCAACAAUUAUUGGCCAUUGGAGCUGAAGUGAACACAAGCUUAGACCCAGUUUUGUCAGAUAUUACAGUGGAGAAUGUGGUUUGCUACAUGUUUAGUUCCCUCGAACAGCCAGAAAAGCUGCUUUCUGAACAAGGACAUUACCUGAAAACUCAAACAGCGUCCGGAAAGAAGAAUCCAGGAACGUCACCUCGAGUACAGACGUGGCUCACCGGAAACAUUAGAGAGAAAAUGAGAGAACAUGUAAUCAUGUUUAAGGAGCUGAUGACGUCACACGACAGUCAGCACACUAAAUUUAUUGUUUCCUCAAAAGACCACAAAAAUCAUCCUGGUUCUUGUGUUCUGCUGUAUGAACGUGGAUGUGGUGAUGCUGUUUGCUUUAGUCCUCCAUCCACACCAGUCUGCCCAAUCGCUGGAGAGGUCAAAGGUCAGAGUGUGGUUCUAAAGGUGGUUCCUCCAUCAUGUCCUGAUACAGUGGAACUCAGAUUACUGUAUAAAGUGAAGCAGGACACAGUCUGGAGAUUUGAAGCUGUGCUGAAGGACCAAGACACAGUUACUCUGUCUGAUCUAGGAGAAGAAACAGAGUAUGAGAUCAAAUGUGCUGCAGUGGGGAAACUCAACUACACCAGAGCGAGUGACGUGAUCAGAGUCAAGACAGGGGGAAGUAUGAGGAGCAGUGCAGGGAUGUCAGCGAUCAGCUCCGGUCCAGAUGAUCCAGUGAUCCACGUUCUUCUGAUGGGAAGAAAUGGCUCUGGGAAAAGCUCAUCUGGAAACACCAUACUGGGGGAAAAGAUAUUUAAAGUCAAGAUAAAACAAAAAAAGCAUGAAGCUGAAAAAGAGUUUGAUGAAGUGUGUGGGGGUCAAACUCAGAUCGGUGGGAAGCAGGUUUCUGUGAUUGAUUGUCCAGAUCUACUGGAUCCAGAUCUGAAUAAAGAGAAGCUGGAGGAACUGAAAGAGCAGCUGGUCUCUCGAUGUUCAUCAGGUCUUAGUGUGGUCCUGCUGGUUGUUCCUGUGAUGGCAAAUGUGGAAAAUGAGGAAGAGAUGCUGGAUUAUAUUAAGUGUUUACUCGGUCGUGAAGUGCAGAAAUACAUCAUGAUCCUGUUCACAUGUGGAGAUGAACUGGAGGAGCUGGAUCAGAACAUCGAUGAGCUUCUAAAACAGAGCGAUCGUGCAGAUCUCCAGCGACUGGUCACUGAAUCUGGAGGAAAGUUUCACUGCUUCAAUAACAAGAGCAGAUCAAGUGUUCAAGUAGAAGAACUGAUGCGAAAGAUUGAAGACAUGAUGAUUAGAAAUGGUAGGAGAUUUGAGAUGGAACCAACGAACAAGAAAGCAAGCGCGAACACUCCUGAUCUACUUUUAUUUGGAGAGUCUCCAGUUGAAGAUCAAGAGAAGCCCGAUGAGAGUAAAGACCAGAUCAGGCUGGUUCUGCUGGGGAAAACCGGAUCUGGGAAAAGUGCCACUGCAAACACCAUCAUCGGCAGAAACCUGUUCAAAUGUUCAGCCGGAUCCAGCUCUGUAACAAAACAGUGUCAGGCAGAAACUACAGUGAGGUUUGGUAAAACGAUCUCUGUGAUCGACACGCCUGGACUUUAUGAUAAUAAACUCAGUAAAGAGGAGGUUAUUACUGAAAUAGCGAAAUGCCUAAUAUACUCGCUUCCUGGACCGCACGCUUUUAUUAUUGUGAUUAGAGUGGGUCGCUUCACUGAGGAAGAGAAAAAUACAGUACAGGAGCUCAAAGAAGUGUUUGGGGAAAAGAUAGAGAAAUACGUCAUGAUCCUCUUCACUCACAAAGAUCAGUUAGAGGAGGAAAAUCAAACUAUCGAACAGUAUCUAGAGAACGGUGAUUCGGAUGUUAAAGCACUUGUCGAUGGUUGUAGAAACCAGUUCUUCUUUCUGGAUAACAAGUCUGCCAGUUUCCCACAGUUCAAAGAUCUAAUCAGUAAAAUUGAGCAAAUGGUCGAAGUAAAUGGCGGACACUUUACCAACGAUCAGUUUGAGGGAACAGAGAAGCUCAUUCAGACGCUGAAAUUAGAUGAGAAAUUUCAACAUUUAGGCUUUGCAGAAGAGGUUCGGUUUGAAGCUGAGCAUUUGAUGACAAAAAAUGAACAAAUAGCAGCUCUUCAGAGAGUAAUCAUGGAGAUAGGGGAUAAACUGGACAGAGACCCUGAGUUCCGCGCCAUGAUGGAAAAAUGUAUGCAAAGUAACCAAACACUGAUGCUGAAUAACAAAGGGUAUUAUGAAGCACAUCAUAAGGAAUAUGAUACAACACUUCAUAAGUAAUAAUGUGACAGAAUUCCGCUUGGUACCGACAUUUCAAAUUAUAAUCACGAUACUUGGAGUUUCAGGAAUAUUUGCCAGACGUUCCAUGUGUUCGGUUCAGUGACAUCGUGUUUAAAACGAGACCGUAAAGAUACGAAGAUCCUUUCUUUGUAUCGAUGACUAAUUGAAAAUGUUACGCAUGUGUUGUACUGAAUCUACUCAGAGGAAGUUCAAGGCAAGGAACUUUUAAUCUGAAUGUAAUCUAGUUACCGGAUGAUAGCAAUUGUUUUUGGGUUUAGAUAGCAAAUUUAUUAGUCCUGUUUUCAUUGAAGAUGAUAUACUCACUUUCUGAAUUCAUUAUAUAAAUGCAUUAUAUAAGCAUUUAUAUAUUCUGUAGUUAUACCAUCUAUACCUGAAGAUUUAUUGUUUAAUUUUAUUCAUUUUGUAGCUAUUUCAGUUAAGUAUUGGUUUUCCUCAUUUAGUUUUUUAUUUCUAUCAAAUGAAGACCUUUUCCCUUUCUUUUUCAAUCCACUGAACAAAAAUGCAGUUUUGCAAAUGCAAAUCAUCAAUAAAUAUAUUCUUC